AUGCAGCAGAAUAUUGCCAAGGGUAAGGUGUAUCCGGUCACUUCUUUCAUGAACGGAAUAUUUGGGGUUUCUAUCGGAACCACCUUUUUGAAUGUUGACAUUAUGAAGCGUACUUGCACAUGUAGGGGUUGGGAAAUGUUGGACAUCCCUUGUGAACAUGCGGCGACCGUUAUUCUUUCCAUCGGUCAGAAUGUUGUUGAUUUUGUUCAAGAUUGGUACAAAUUCCCAAUGCAAGAGCUGAUUUACUCGAGCUCCUUCUUCGGUAUAGAGACCCAUGACAUGCCAAUGGUCAAUAAUAAUGGUUUGGUUCAAUAUAUCACCGAUGAAGUUUUCCUCUCUCUUAACCCUCCCCAUACCAAGCGGUCUCCCGGAAAACCAAGAAAGAAGCACAUUGAGUCCCAAUUCCAAGAUAAACGGACUGUCUAUUGCUCAAGAUGUCAUACUUCCGGGCACAACAGUAAAACGUGCAAGAACCCUUUGUCUUAA